UGAUCGACACCGGUCAUGGGGAAGCAGAAUACGACCUUCUAAUCGAAGAAAAUCGCAAUCUAACCCAGAAUGAGGCAGGUCCAGAGCGAUGGCGAUUGAGGUUGCGGGCAUUCGCCCUUCGCCCGGUACACAUGUGACAUGAUUCAAGCACUCCAUACCUACCUACAUAGGUACCUUACCCAGGACAUCAUCGCCGGUAAUGUUACGACCCUCUCCAAUGUCCUUGUUAGAAGCAAGACCCCGUGGCCCAAGCCGGAGAUAAUCUCUCACUAUCGGGUGUCCAGCCAGUCAUCGUCUUUCCGUGUUCAUGCGGUCCCAUUAGGGUUAACAAGGCCACGGCGUGUCUCUGUGCUUGUUGUGUUGCCCCGUUAGCGAGUCCUGUCGAGACUGACAUUUAUCCCCAAUUGCUCCCCGGUUUCAAGGUGCUCCUCAUAGCCAACCGCCAUGGCCGCACAACUUGGUGAAAGGUCAGACGCCUCCGCCGCUCAAAAUCUCGAACCUCCAUCGGGGAAUACCCAGGAUGCUGCUUCCUCGCUUGAUGAUGGUGUUGGCGACAAAACACAACCAGGAACUGUUUCUAUGUGGGGAAAAAUAAAGCAACAUUUCUUGCGUAGAUGGUGGAUUUACCUGAUCGCGAUCGUGGUCUUGCUUGUCAUCUUAUUGCCCGUUCUGUUUAAAGUCAUCAUCCCGGCCAUCAUCAAAAACAUCGUCGAUGGCCAGGAGCUACCUGUAAAAGGGGGCUUUCUCAACUUCACAGACCCAACGCGCCUGCGCAUCGGCCUGGACACCUCGCUCGAUACUCCCCUGCCGGUUAAGCUCGACCCCGUUUCACUCAGCUUACUCCAACCGCCAGUUGACGGUGCUGAUGAUAUUGGGACGCCCUUCCUCACGCUGCAAAUGCCGGAGCAGCACAUAAACCACGAAACCGAUGUCGUCAUCCCCAGCCAAGUCGUCGACGUUUUGGACCACGCACAUCUUGUCGCAUGGUUCAACGAAUUCUUCGACAAAGAGGGGGCCGACCUCCGCCUCAAGGGUGAUGAUCUCAGUGUCUACCUCGGCGCACUGGACUACCGAGCCGACUUGGACAAGACCAUCAAGGUACCGGGUCUCGACUACCUCAAGGGCUUUGGCGUGUCGGACAUGCAGUUCACCAUCCCGCCGGGGCCCUCUGGACACAACAUGAAGGGGCACCUCAACAUUCCCAACGCCGGAGUGCUGACACUGGGGCUGGGCAACGUGACGUUCAACGUGAUGGCGGGGGACAUCAACCUAGGAUUGGUCUACAUUUACAAUCUCGACCUGAAGCCGGGAAACAACACACCACCCUUCGAGGGCGAUUUCUACUUCGAUCAGCUGGUGCCUAAUCUCGCCACAUUUCUGGAAACGCAACGCGGUGCUCUCGCCAACGGCAUGGUUGAGUUCAACGCCACGGGCAAUUCUACGUUUCACAACGGUCAGCGCAUCCGUUACGUCGAGAGCGUUCUGAAUCGGAAGCACAUUCCCUUCACCAUCCCGGCCACGACUUUGCUCCUUGAUGUUCUCAGCGGCGUCCUAGCAAGCGGGACGGAUGGUCCAGGACUCCCCUUACUAGACACGGUCGGGGACGUGAUGGGGAACAAGACCCUAUUUGAACAAAUGCUAGACCAUUUCGAUCCACAAAGUAUCGGCAGUGGCGCUCAAGGCAUGGGCAACGGGGUGGAAGUCACGGAUACUACCCAAUUGAAGAGAAGGGCGAUGGCACAGACGGCUGGGAGAUCGAUGCAGGUGAAUCUUUUAAGGCUAGGUUUGCGUACCUUGCGAUCAAAGUUUUGAUGGACGCGUGAUGAAGGUGGAGUUGAGGACAUCAAUAAUAUGUUAUUAGGUUAGGAAUUAUUAAUGAUAGUACUGUGAAUUACCGU